AUGGCAAAAAUCGAGAAACUUCAGUUUCCGGCAUUGGAAGUAACUGGGACAAACUACACGGCAUGGGUUACAAACAUGGAGCUUCAUCUAGAUUCCGAGGAAAUACUCGGAACAAUAAAAGACGACAAUAUAUCAACCUCUCAUGAAAAGGCUAAGGCCGUGAUAUUUCUGAGAAGGCAUCUAGAUGAAAAUCUUACGCAUGAUUAUGCGAGAACCAAAGAUCCCUUAGAUCUUUGGAAAGCUCUGAAGGAGAGGUUUGAUAACCAAAGAAAAAUUACUCUCCCCCAUGCGCUUGAUGAGUGGAAAAAUCUACGAUUUCAAGAUUUUGAAAAAGUGGAAACGUACAAUUCCGCUAUAUUGAGAAUAGCGGCGCAAUUAGAUUAUUGCGGUAAGCCUGUCUCGGAAGCGGAAAUGCUCGAGAAAACUUACCAGACGUUCCACAAAAAUCAUUAUGUUCUACAAGAACAAUAUAGAAAUUGUGGGUAUACGAGGUUCUCUGAACUCGCUGUGGCGCUUAUAAUAGCGGAGAGAAAUAAUGAACUCCUCAUUAAAAACCACAAUGCCCGACCCACGGGAACCAAAGCAUUUCCUGAGGUAAAUGCAACGGAUAAAAAAAAUCCGGAAAAAAGAAAUUAUUCCUAUCGUGGGCGUGAUCGUGGCUGUGGUCACAAUCGUGGUUUUGGUCGUGGUCGUGGUUAUCGAUUUAUCCGCAACCAUGAAAGGAGUAACAACCUAAGAGGAAGGGGAUCCAACACAUGGAAUCGAUCUGAUCGAGUAAGAGGGAAAGAAACCCAAGAAAAUCCUACUCAUAAAAAUGAGAACGUCUGUUACAGAUGUGGAUCGAAGGGACACUGGUCCCAAGUAUGUCGAACUCCUUGGCAUCUAUGCCAAUUGUACCAAGAAUCUAUUAAAGGCAAGGCAAAGGAAGUAAAUCUCAAUGAACACCUUGUGGGUACAACAUCGACAUACCUCGAAUCCUCUGACUUUAUGGGAGAUUUCGACGAGGCCACUCAUCAAAAUAAUUGA